AUGAAGAAGAAGGGUUUUUUUCAAUUUUUAAUCCUUUUGUAACCUGGAGUAGUUCUAAUCUGAAAAAAAAAACAUUUUGUGAGUCAAAAAAGGCUUUCGCUUCAUUUUUCAUAUUUUUUUCAAAAUUUUUCAUAUUUUUCGAUACUUAAUAGCUAUAAUUUUUGACUAAUAUAUUUAUAAAAAAAGAUUUUUAGUUCGCGAUGCGAAAAAGUCUGUCGUUUCUUUCAGCGAACCGUCUCUUUUCCAAAGAAAACGUGAGUUCGUCCAAGCUCUUUGAACAGAGAGAGGAAUAUGUGGAGCAUUCUCAGACGUUUCCGCGAAUCAUGGUCUGAAGGAUUCGAAAGAAGGUUUCCCUUCCGAGACUCAUACCACCAUUUACCUCCUACGUAGUCAUAAAUACACCGACGUCAAACUUAGCCGUAUGGAGGCUUUUUCAAAAAAUGUCAAGGUGAACUUUUUCGCGAGUUAUUGGUAUUUUCGUGUUUUUUUUUUCUGUUUACCCGCGACCAAGUAAGUUGGCGUUCAAUAGUGGAUUUUCAGGUCUCAGAAAAAACAAUAUUAUAUCAUCCUUCCGUAAUACCUAUUAUAAACCUUCAAUUUUUAAAAGGUUUCAACUGAUUAUAUUCUUUUUAACAAAUUCGUUCUAGUGACGGAGUGCGACCGUACUCAUCCCGAAAAGUCUGAGUUUGAUGUGGAUAGGCGUGUUUUUGAUUUCAAAGGUUUAGUUGAAAACCUUCACAAAAGGUCGAAAAUGUUUUUCAGAAACGGGGUUUGCUCCGAAAGAUUCAACAUCUAUAAAGAUCUACCUAAAGUCAACGAUGCGUGUCAAAGACUAUCCAACGGCAGAUCCUGAAAGAUUUUCUUACAAGAAAUAUUUCGAGUACUCUCUGGUUUUACCUAAAGAUGUAAAAAUUAUCGUGAAUGUAUAAUUACAAAGCCGUAUCACUCUCUCUUUCAAUCACAUCAUUUGCUCAUUUUAAAGGCAUAGGGGCAGUAAAAAAUGGGGUUUCAGGUGAAAGCAGCAUCUUAUAUAGUUUUUUAUUGCGAAUCGAAUGGUGUACUCAAAAAAAUUACAGGUGUGACAACUUUAGAAGAAAAACGCGAUUUCACUUUCCCGCCUUUAAUUUUGAAAAAAGCUUUGGAUCGGUAUGCAGACAACUGUUUACAGUAGCCGUGCACGAGAUGUUGCGGACGUCUUAUUAGACUCGCAUUUUGUAUGAAAUAACCGGCUAUCUGCUUCAAAUUAAGGGUUUCUUCUCUGAAAAAUUGAUCAAGAAAACCGAAAACGCACAGUGAUAUUAAAGAAAACACAAAUAAUCGCUAUCCCAAUCGAAACCUGUGUAAAAUCAUCAUUUUUCACCAGAAAAGCUUAUUUGCGAUCAAAGUUUGCAAAUUAUACAUGAAUCGAAGGCUUUGGUGACGAAAAAAACUCUGGUGACAACAGAAAAAAUUGAAAAUUAAAAGAAACGAAGAGAAAAGCGAGAAUCCGGAAGAUGGCGAACCCUGUUGUCCAUAGAGCAACUUUACUGCAAGGCGCCUUUUUUUCGCGGGAACUCAAGCUUUCUUUUCUCCGACUUUGAAUUAUUUUUUCUCCAAAACUAGGAAUUUCUGUACGUUUCCAAGUUCACCGUUCGGUUUGCAAUGAAAAGCUCUACAAAAUACUGCUUUGAACUGAAACACCGUUUUUUACUGCCCCUAUGCCUUUAAGUAUUUUCCUCACACGUAGAUUUUAUGAAUGAUAUCUUUUUAUUUGGAAAUAUUUCCUGGGGUUUUUGAAGGAAGGUGAAGAAUUUUAUAAAAGUAUUUACGCUAAGAGCCGAUUUCAGCGUCAUUUUUGAUCAGACAAGGUUUCUGCUCAUUCAAAUACCUCCGGAAGGAUUUUCUAGCGGUUCACACCACUCGGAAAUCUGUAGGGCGAAACGGACGUGUCGGGGCAUUUCUAAUGGCCACUUUAGAAGCUUCAGUCCUCUUUAGUGAUCCCUAGAUGUGCCAAGAAAGUCCGGAGCACGUCCGUUUCGCGUUACAAAUGUCCGAGCAUCGACAAUUUUUCUAUUUUCGAACAUUUAUGUGUGAAAUAGGCAGUUUAGCUCUAUGGAGAACUGGCUCCUGUAAACUAUCAACAAAAUGCGUGAAAGAAUGUUUCCAUUCUGAUGAAAAUUCUUUUUUGAAAGUUCAGAGUUUUUUUUUGGUUUCUUUAAACAAUCGGUGAAAAUAUGUUAUCGAAGACGCACAAAUGGUUUUUUAACUCUCCUUUUCUUCAUGUUGUUACAUUGCAAUCCCUCAGAAUAGGUCCAGCUUUAUUUAUAGUUUUUUUCCGAAUAAUUUUUAUAGCAUUUUUUUCUUGUUACCAUUACCGCAUUGAAAUGAAAUUUUUUUAUUCCAUGAUACUUUUUUUCUUUCUUUAUACUGCUUUAUCUAGUUAGCUUUCGAACUUCUGUUCCCUAAUUAAAGUUUUUAAAAUUAAUCCUACUGAGGAAGUUUUUUCGUUGAUUGCGCGAUUUGAAGAUACUUGUUCAAAUAUGGAAGUUAAUAUCAGAUUAAUGAAUUCCAGUUUUGCGCAAAGCUGAAAUGUAUGAAGCUGGGUCAGGCGUGGCGAGCGCCGCCGAGCAGGAAAAGAUGCUGGAAACGGCGACGAAAGUGGUGAAGGCCGAGUCUUUCGAAAUGAAACGUUGUCUCGACAAGGUUUCUUUUCCUUUCUCUUUUCUAUUCAAAGGGCCAUUUCGCAGGGAAAGGUUAUGGAUGCCCUUAAACACGCCCUUUCGUUCCUCAAUGAACUUCGCACUAACGAUCUUUCUCCCAAAUUUUAUUAUCGUCUCUGUGAGUUUUCGAUAAAUAAGCAGUAAAGACCUUUUUUCUUCCCAGAUAUGGACUCUGUCAACGAGUUGCAACAUUUGGAGUCGUUCCUGGUGGAAGAUUUUCAGAAAGAUUCUGGCAAACUGGCAAAUCUCUACGAAUGUGUACAAUAUGCCAGCCAGAUAAUUCCCAGGCUGUGAGUUGGUUGCUUUUGUGUCACUUUUUACGACGUCUAUUUUAAUAUAUAAGUUGUUGGCUGGGAAGAAGGAUAAAUUUCACGUUUUUCAUUGAUAAUAACUGUCAUGGAUCAAACUUCAUCAAGAUUACAUUCAGUUUUAUCGAAUCAAGGAACAUUCUACAUAUUGUUCCAAUCAGAGUGUUCAAGUAUGAUUCCCCACUGGACGGAACCAAAAUCCGAAAAUUGAGAAUUUGUUUUCCGUACUCAACUAGUUGAGAGUCUCUACAAUUUGGAGUUUCCUACGGUUGAUAGCUUCUUAAGGAACGAUUAAUAAGGAUUUAAAUGGCCUCCAGGUACCUAUUGGUGACGAUGGGAGUCGUGUUCAUAAAGUGCGGCCUCGGCUCGCGACAGGAACUGCUCGCCGACCUGGUCGAGAUGUGUCGCGGUGUUCAGCAUCCACUCCGCGGGCUCUUCCUCCGCAAUUAUCUCCUGCAGUCCACUCGAUCUCUUCUUCCAGACCGUCCCGAGUCGGUUGCACGUCGCACAAACGGAUCCGUCGAUGCCAACAUGUAACUUCUUCCUUUUUCACAUUCAAUCGGAUUUUUUUUUAUAAAAUAAGCUGGUGUCGUGAUAUUUUCCUGACGAGAUUUUCUGAGAAGCUGCCAGCUUUUUUCAUUAUUAUAUUUCUGAUGUGGACUUAUAUCAAAAACUGCUACGUACUCAAAAUGUUUCGUAUGAGAUUUUCGUCUUGGCUUUUUGCUGAAGAAAUGUGAAUGUUCGGACAAUUCCGAUAAUUAAUUACAUUUCUCAACAAUUUUUUUACAGUAGAUUCAAGUAAAUUCCUUCGCAAAAACACUGAUUUUUUUCUAAUAUUAAAAAUAUUCGAGUUCAGUAUCCAUCAUUAUUUUUCACAGCAACAAAUUAUUUAGAAGAAUUUUUAUUUUCAAUCGAUUAAUGUUAAAUAAACUCGAUAUAUUGGUUUAUUUCAUUAUCUCUAGAAGUCCUAAUAAUUUAAAAUAACUUUCUUGGUUUUUUGGAAGUUUUCGCAUGAACGAGAAAAAUUCGUGAGAACUUUUUGUCGAAGUAAUUUAUUUUUCUCACAAGGGAGGUCAUUUCACGUUCUGGUUGGGAAUCUUCUUGAGGUACCAAAUGGAAAUCCUGAAAGUCGCAACUUGCACAGCUUCCUAGUUUUCGAGAAAAGAAACUUCAAAGUCGGAGAAAACUCUCGAAAUCUUUAAAAAAAAUAGGUUGUUUUCGGGCUUUAAGCCCAUGUUUCUCGAAAACUAGAAAGUUGUGCAGGUUGAGACUUUCAGAAUCUUCAUCUGGUACAUCAAGGAUCGUUCUGGCCAAUUUUUUAGGAAAACGCCAACCGUAAGGUAAAAGGACCUUCCUUUUCAGAUCAUUAUUAUAUCUUCAACUAUUCCCGAGUUUCUUUCAAAAUUUUUUUCAGGAAUGGUAGCAGCGGACCGAAGGAAUCUUUGCAUCAACAAGACGGUUAGUAAAACGUCUUUCUUUUUUUGAACGUCUUUAUUUGGCUGUAGAAAAGACUAUUUCGAAGAAUCUUUAGGGUCGGUAACAGAUGCAGUAAACUUUGUUUUGACCAACUUUGGCGAGAUGAACAAACUCUGGGUUCGGAUGCAGCAUCAAGGACCUUCUAGAGAACGAGAGAAGCGGGAGAGAGAUCGUUUAGAGCUGAGGUUCCAGGGAAAAAAAAAAUUUUCUCAAAAGUUUCCUUCAGAAUUCUCGUUGGAACGAAUUUGGUUCGGUUGUCUCAAUUGGAAUCCUUGACGGAGGAAAUGUACACAAAAGACGUACUGCCUAGCGUUUUGGAGCAGAUUGUGUCAUGUCGAGACCCGAUAUCACAGGUUUUCCCCCAAAGGAGUUUCGUCUGAAUGGUUUCAUCCGAAGGAAUACCUCAUGGAAUGUGUCAUCCAAGUUUUCGCCGACGAGUUCCAUCUCUCGACCUUGAAUGAGUUCCUCGCUGCUUGUGGACAGCUCACCUCUGUAUGUAUUCAGUGUUUUUUUCGAUUUUCAAUAGGUAAUAUUUUCAGGAAGUGAAUGUGAAAAAUGUGCUCAUCGGUCUGAUCGAGAGGCUCGCGUUCUACACAAACUCCAUAGAGGGAGAACCUGCUCCAGAAAAGGUUUCAGAUUGUAGCUGGAAACCUUCGAGCGGAUAGUUUCCCUUCAGAUGCAACUAUUCGAAAUAUUCUCUGAACAGGCGAAGGAGCUCAUCACAAAUCGUCCGGAAAUGCCAAUGGAGGAUAUUGUUUCGCUUCACGUUUGAGCUUUUCUCCGUCAUUUUCAGCAGUCUUGAGAUUUUAAGGUGGCUCUGGUGAACUUGGCGAUUAAGUGUUACGCUACGCGCACAGAUUACGCCAACAUGUCUUUUGGCACCUUGAGAACCAUAAUCAACGAAAAAGGAAUAACUGCGUUGGUUUUAAUUUUCCUUUUUAGAUCAUGAAGUGUUUUAUUCAUUAUAUUCCUUUUCGAACUUUCAGUGUUGAAGCUUUCGGAACAGUUGGACGAGAACUUAUCAAGCUGUUGAAAAUUCCCGUCGACCAAUACAACAACGUGAGAUUUUCUCUACCGAUCAAUGGAGAGAUCCAGCUUCCAGGUACUGAGAGUAGCUGCACUCGAAGAGUUCGGGAGUGUCAUGCAAAUUCUCGACUAUCGUGGCCGCUGCGUCAUCUCUUCCUAUAUAAUCCAGGUCGAGAUGCGGAAAAGUAAUAUUCGACAUUCUAAUGGUUUCAGAACAUGUUGGAUCAAGAAACGUUGAUCACCAAUGAAGAGGAAUUCCGCACCGUCUGCGGAUUGAUCAGUCCACUUCUCGAAGACCAAAAAGAUCAACCGUCCGACGCGCAUGUUUUUGCAGUUUCCACUCAUUCUUCUGACAAAAAACUUUCAGGAAAGCGAAGAUUUUUUCGACGAGCAGCAUAUUUUGGCGCGAGUGGUGCACCUACUGAGGGUCGAGGAUGCCGACCAACAGUUUUUGGUGGGAAAGCCCAGAAAGUGACGUUUGCAUGUGGUUCUAGCUGCUGAACAACGCGCGGAAGGUGUUCGGGUCCGGGGGACGUCAUCGACUGCAGUUCACUCUGCCUCCGAUCGUUUUCGAGCUCUACCGUCUGGUGCUUUCCUACGCCGUGCAGAAAGGGACCGACGACAAGUGGGAGGCCAAAGUUCGCAAGAUGUUCGUCUGUGCGAUGGGAACCAUUGGAGCGCUCGUUUCUACAGUCGAACUCGCUGAGUUGCCCCUUAAGUUGUAUCUCGAAGGUGCUAUUGCCGCCGACAAAGUGCCGUUUUCUGAGAACUACACCGUCGUCUACGAGUUCAUUUCCAAGGUUUCUUUUGCAACUGAUUCCGUUCGCAUUAGAAAGGAUUAAAUAACAAUCUCGUCAGCACUGUAAGAUUUUAACUUUUCAAAUUUUGAAUCUCUUAUGAGCCAAUUCCUUCAAAACCGCCGUGUGGUUUUUUUUUUUUUUACAAAACUCCGAUUUCUACCAUUUUUCCAUGUUUGAAAAGAUUUCUAUAGUUUCCUGCCCCGAAACCACGACAUCCCAUGCUUAAUUGAAGGCGAUGUCGAUAAUGGAGGACGACGUUGCGGAUUCUCGGGACCGCGUCCGUUGUCUGCAGCUCACCGUCGGCGCUCUUCUUUGCACUAAGAAUUUCCCCGAAGAAAACUGGCAGCCUCUCGCCACACAAGCCGCCAUGGCAGCCUCGAAGAUGUUCAAAAAAGUUUUUCUUUCCUAUUUUUUUUUUUAUGAUUUUCCUUUUUAGGCUGAUCAAGUACGCUCUCUUUGUAUGGUGGCUGCAUUGUAUUGGAAUGGAUGUGUGGAAGAGUCGAAUGGCGCUCCAUUGAAAAAUGGUGGGAUUUCAGAUUUUAUUAUUAUCUAUUCUUUUUCUUGCAGGAAAGCGUGUGGUGGAAAUCCUGAAGAAAAGCGCGAAAAUAGCGAGUGAAUGCAUGGAGCCUCUCGUCCAACAGCAACUCUUCAUUCUUCUGCUCAACACUUACAUUCACUACUACGAAGACGGCUGCAAGGAGGUUGGGAUUUCCCUUGAAUGAAAUGGGACACGUCGUGAAAAAAAAGACCUUUGUUUGUUUUUAUGCUUGAUGUAUCUAAGGAAAUCAAUUACGAAGCUUUUUUUUUCUUAUUCAAGGUUAUUUUAUCCAAUAUGAAAAGACGUCUGCUUCUCGGUAGGAAAUUAAUCAGAAAUCUCUGAUGGUGUAGAUUGAAUCCUGCGUACAAAAUUGUCGAAACACAAUUCUGGGUCGUUUGAAUAACGCGUGGCUUCUCUGCAGGAACAAACUGAUUUUCAUGAAAUACCGGCCUCGCUUUGGGGGUCCUGCAGCGAAGGCAUUCCUUUUUAUUGAAUAAUAUCCAUCAAAGACAUUUCUUCUGAUGAAAGGGUGGUUUGAAAUAAAAACCAGCAAACUUUCGAACGGCGAUUUUUUCAUAUCGCUAGGGUUCUUUCCAGCUAAUCCCUUUCCGAAUUUUUUUUUCUAUGAAAUUGUCGUUUCGAAUCUGCCUAUACAUAAUAGGUAGUUGGUUCAUGAUUAAAACACAAAGAAAAAAGAAAAAUUAUUAGAUCUUUUAUAAACCGAUAAAAAUGAGAGAAGAGGUCUGAAAGGGAUUAGUCGGAAACGUCGCAGUCGAAAACUUCCCCAGCGACAUGAAAAAAUCGGAGAGUUGCCGUUCGAAAGUUUGCUGGUUUUUUUCAUACCAACUAUAAAAGCGAAUGAAAAAAAAGAAAAAAUAAAAAGAACCCAGGCGGGAAAAUUUUCAGAAAUUUCGAAGAACUUUCGUUAGAAAGUAUUAUUUUGUUGCCAAAUUCGAUACGGAGAAGUGCAUUGGCACUUUUUUUAAUGACUUCUGCGACCUUGCAAAGUUGAUUUGAAUGGUUUUGUUUUUAGAUCGACGUGCACAACAUCGACGAGUUGGUUUCGCGGACUCAGGACAACGCCGUGCAAUUGGACGUCUCCGCGGAAGCUGAUUUGAUGGAGAAGCAUCUCACCGAAGCCAUCAAGCAGCUCAAAAUCGCCAGACAGUCUGCGGAAUCGGAUGCCGCACUUUCACCGCCUUCGGAAAUCGUCCAAAACGAGGACCUCUGA